CCCGCACCUCCCUACCUGUCAUCGCCCGUCUCCGUGGGGCCCAAUUACUCUUCGCACGGUUGAGUUCGACUGUCGCCCGCGCGCCCGCAGCGAGGCCCGUAUGCAAUAGCCGAUCCCAGCACGCCUUGCAGACCCUGGGCUAUAGGGCAGAGAGGGACACCAUGACCGACCUCCCCGCUGACUCGCCCGACCUGUUCAGCAGUCUGGACGGAGGGCUGGGCGCUUUUGAUAUUGGGGACGGGACUCUCGGAGAUAGCAGCAUGGUGGACGGCUCGGGGCCCGCUACUACUGCUGCCGCUGCGUCUACCGUAACCGAGACUCCCACUUCCGCUGCAGAUGCGGGUGGGAAGCCCGGGACUUCAUCGAGUUCUGCUCCGACUGUCACCGCCCCCUCGCAGGGGCAGCAGCAGCCCGGCCUUUUUAGCCCCGUCACGGCUUCACAAUGGACCUUCCAGGACACCCCCCCACAUGAGUCCCCCAUAGACGACGGAAACCCAUUCGGUGCCGCACCCCAGCAGACCUGGGAGCUCCCCCUCAACCUGAGCCAACUGCCGCAACAACCAUUCUACCUCCAAUCAUCUACCGCGCCCGCCAACGACCCAAGUUUUGCCCCCGUGGCCGCGGCGGGCGAUGUACCGUUAGCGUCGGCAUUUUUGCCAGACCUGCAUUCUCUCCAACCGGGGCAUCCACGAAGCAUCCAGAACACGCUCACGCCAGCACAGCGUGAGCGGCUGAAAACCAUCGCUAUGCCUCCACACCUUCAGUACCGCUCACCCCAAAGCGCCGCCGGCAGCCCGGACUCGGCGUCUAGUGGCCACGACAAGGGCAGCCUCUCGUCACCGGACGGUGCCGGUCCAUCCAAGGGCUACAGCAGGAAGCGCAAGUCAUCCGCCGAGGUUGACGACGAGGACGAUGACGACGAUCUUGAGCAACCGGUCAAGAGGACGGCGCACAACAUGAUCGAAAAACGGUACAGGAAUAAUCUUAAUGACAAGAUCGCAGCACUGCGAGACAGUGUCCCGUCGCUAAGGAUCAUGUCCAAGAGUGCCCGAGGGGAAGACACCACCGAAGACCGAGAGGAGCUACACGGCUUGACGCCUGCCCACAAGCUUAACAAGGCCACGAUCCUCAGCAAAGCUACCGAGUAUAUCAGGCAUCUCGAGAAGCGUAAUAACCGUUUGUUCGAAGAGAACAGCAGUAUGCACGCAAGAAUUUCAGCUUUUGAGAAGCUGUUCAUGGCCGGCGCCCUGACCAACCAGUUACCAAACCCCCUACAACAACCACCUACUCCGGUACAAUACGCACAAGAUGGCGGCGCUUUCUUGAACACACCAAUGGCGACACCUCAGUCAUCGGAUCCACCGGGGAUGAUCCCCAUCCCGGACAGUAUGAAGCGGAUCUUAGCAGCCCAACAGCUGAACGCAGGCCGUCCAUAUCCGGUGGCUGGCCAGCAAUUCGGCCAAACCCCCGCGUUAGUACGCCAACAACAACUUCAGCAACAACAGCAGCAAGCGCAAGCACAGACCGGUCGGUGGAACCCUUACCUUGGUAAGCUCAUGGUGGGUUCUCUCGCCGGUUUGAUGCUGGUUUGCGUGCUCAUCGAACCCGAUUCCACCGGGCAGACCGAUGCACGCGGUCUUUCUUUCCUACCGAAGUCUCUCGCGCCAUUUGUCCGAGCCCCUCUUUUUACCGUUGGGGGCUUGGACGUGUCAAUCGUGCUCAUGCUUGCCAAAUUGAACCAACUCAUAUUCGUAGGGGCCUUCUUGUGGGCGGUUUGCUCGUCGUUCCUCGACCUGUCUGCCUUCCGGCCUUCCGAGAAGUCAACGAGCACCGCUGCUGAUGUUAAGGCGGUACCGUCUCUCGCCUCGCCCAUCCACGUUAGGAGGCAGGCCUGGCUCACCGCCAUCCAGACCGUUUGGGUGCCGAGGCAUAACUUCUUCCUGGAAGCUGCCGCCCUUCUGGUCAAGACGAUGAAAUAUACUUUGAGGAAUGUCGUUGGUUCUCACGGCUACCUCGCGCUCACCGGGCUGAGCGAAGAAGAAGAGACUGCCCGAGUCAAGGCCUGGUCGAUUGCCCUAGACGCCCAGCUUGCCGGCGGUGACGUUGAGAUUAAUAAGAGCCGUCUCACACUCACACUCAUCGCCUCAGGGACCCUCCCAGACACGCCUCUCCGGCUCAUGCUCAAGGCACUGCACAUUCGGGUUUUGCUCUGGCGGCUCAACGGCGCUACCUGGGCCGCUAACCUGAUUGCUGCCAAGCUGGCGAGGAUGAAGUGGAACGAAGCGAGGCAGCUCAACCGCAUCCUCAACUCCCUCCCCGAGGGCGAGUCGUCUCAUGACAACGCCCUCCCAGAGCACCUCGCUACCUUGCUUGAGGAGGACUGCGACGAGGUCCUGAGCGACGUCAUAAUCCAACGCGCACACAACCUCGCAUGGAACCAGCACACAACCCAUAACGUCGUCGACAAGAUCGACGGCAUGGACACCGUUGUCGAAGAUCCCGCCGUGCGAUCGCCUAUGGACGCCGUCGCGGCAUGGUAUUCCAACUCGACCCUCCACAGCGUCCUUCUCGCCAGCCUCCGGAAACCCCGCGACGACGUCGCCGUCGUCCCCGGCCUGGCAGACGACAUCGCGCUGGCCGUCCGAGUCGCGCCCAUCGGUUCCAACGCCCAAGUCCGCGCCCUCAUAGCCCGCGCCGUCCUCGCCGACGGAAAGCGCGGCGGCCACAUCGUCUCGGCGCUGCAGGCCCUCGGCCCGUCCGCCAACCCGGACAAGCACCCGGACUACAGCCGCGGCGUCCCGCCCCUCAUCGACUCCCCCAUGACCUCCAUCGUGCCGGACCCCGACGCCCAGAUGGCGCUGCGCUGCGCCAUGGGCAUCGCCCAACUCCAAAAGUUCGACGACCCCCCGGCCGCCGCUUACCUGACCAUCAACUCGGUCCUGCCCGCCACCACCAUCACCGCCGAGGACCUCGCCGGCCUCUCCCUGCUCGGCUACACCGCCGCGUUCCACCUCAUGGCCGCCCUCGACCGCCACGCCGUCGCGCGCGAGACGGCCGCCCGCUCCCUGGAGCGCCUCGCGGGCAGCCUGCGGAUCUGGAUGGGCUCGGACAGCGCCGCGGGCCAGAAGGCGGGCGUGGACGCCGGCCUGCGCGCGGAUAUGAUUGCGCGCUGCUUGGCCGUGACCAAGAGCGUGGUGGGCAUGGAGGCGGAUCCGGGGUAUGGGAGUAUGGAUGAGGAGUGUUCUGCUGGGGGGGGUGUGGCGGAUGGGGAGGGGGGUGGGUGUUGAUUCCGCUUGGGUUCGGUUUCUGCGUGUUGUCUUGCUAUGUGUGUGAAAACCCAGGUUCCCGCGUGCCGCUCUCUCUGAGUGAAGGCCCGGUUGGGGUAAAGGCGG